CAAAUUUUAACUGAGAGAAGAAACUCAAUAUAUUGGAAUCACGAACAAUCAUUCGAGUUGAAUUUUAAUUCCCGUAAUCAAGUUGAGAUUUAUUAAGCGGUGGAGUAAUUGCCAACCAUCAAAUUAAAUAAGAAUCUUAAGUAUUCCGAGAAGACGAGCGAGAGUGAGGCAGAGAGAGCAUACAAACGUACGCAUGAUAGUGAGCAAUUUAAUCUUUAGCCAUUUCCUCUGGGGAAAUUCUAAACCUGCCAAAGAGAUGAGUGGGUUCUGACUUUGGGAAGAAUGCUGAAUUUUAAAAUGCAUAAUUUAAUAAAAAAGAUUAAAAAGUGUUUCUUUCAUUGCUCUCGGCGGGGGAUCAUUUAAAACCAAUCCUUAAGCCCAUUACCUUUGUGAAAACAAGACAGAGUGCACAUUCAAAAUUUCAAAGUUGUACAUACACGAUCUUUAAUUGAAUUAAAUUAAAGUAUCCAACAAACUAAUCAAACGAGUUGCCACUACUAACUAAGUCACAAAUUCAGGUAAAGGAGUGAGUAGUUAGCAUAGUGCCUAUCUGCAUACAUGCAAAACUUGCAAUUACUUCCUUAAAAAUAUUGCAACUUGUGUACACACUCAUAUUUUCAAAACAAUUGGUCCGAGUUGCAUCUAUGUAUGUGCAUACAUCCUGCAGUUUCAGUAUGCUUUGGUCAGAUAAAAUCUCAACAGCUCCUUGUUCCACGCACAUACUUGUGAUCAAGCUCCAUGUAAAUAAUCGUACAAAGUGCACAGAAAUAGUUAUUGUGACGUAACACAUUGUGAAAACGGACUUUCUGUACAAAACUAUAAAACUAUAUUAUUUGUGUGCUGUGGGUGUCAUUGAAAAGUCCUGCAAUUAUUUUUAUUUGCCUCAUUGGAGAAGAAUUUACGAUCCCACAGGAGAGAGAAUUUAUCACACCUAUCGUGUUAAUGGAGGUGACAGAAUAUUCAAAUUCAGAUACAAACGGAUAAAGUCACAAUGAAUUCUAAUCGACGUCAGUCAACCGGUCUGCACCGAUUCUUAUCUGUGGGACAUGGUGAGAAUGGGUCUCUAUAUUUUAACGAAGAGGAAGACGUGGAGUACAAUCCAGUCAAUGAGAUUCAAGUGGAUGGUCCCAUGGAAGAGGAUAACGAAGCUUAUGCCGUUCAUAAAACACGAUCGUACAGCUUCAGCCAAUCCAGUGGUACGAAUCGUCCCUGUACUUCGACGCCAAUUAAUCGUGCAAUAUCUCAACAGAACAAUCAACUCUACCCAAAUCGAAGACCCAGUUUGAACAAUACCUUCAGGCGACUUUUACCGAAAAUGAACUCGAGUAAUUCAGAUUCCUCCCAGCUUUCGCAUAAAAUAUGUCGCUACGCCGAGUCGCCAGAAUGUUCUCGUGUGACCUUUCGGAACAAUAACUCUGAGAUUUCUCCCAUCGCACCGAGAUGUAGAUCAAAUUCUCUAAAAUGCUCCGUGGUGGAGCUCAAGUCUCCACGGAAGAGCAAAGACUUUCUCCACCGACUCAACUGCACAAGUAGUUGUAGUGAGGAUAGAGAUUUCAUGUUUAUAAGCAAUCAGCCCGACCCCACUGUUCAGAAUGACGUGAAAAUCGCCACCCACAGCCUCCAACACCUUUCUUCUUCCCCCAUCGUAUCCAAUAAAACAUGCGUCAACAAUAAUAAAUUGGUUUUCAACCAUCGCAAUAACGCUGGUACUGCACGUGAUGAUCCUGUGAUUUCGUCACCACCUUGUACCCCAUUAUUUGCACGUCGCGAAUCACCCCCUCGGGUCAACUUCUUGAUUGCCAAAAGCCAGACUACGAGUUCGGUUGGAUGUGACAGGUUGGCAGGUGUGACGAGACGUCCUUCCGACUUUCCUAAAACUAAUUUUCAUCUGUUUGGCUACCGUGGUGGACGGAAAAGUGUGGGUGAAAUCCUGACAGCUGCAACAUCUUCAUCCGUAACAUCAACGCCGAUUCAAACCCACAGAAAAAACAGGUUCGGUUCAGUGCCUAGCAUCCAAUUUCACUAUGCUGAGGAUGAAGAGGAGAUUGAGACGAGACGGCAACCAAGUAGCACAAUCAGUACUCCAGCCACUCCCGACUUGGGAAAAAAUAGGACUCCUGGAAACUUUAUGCGACGUUCAGCCACAAUUGCCUUUAGUAAAGGGAGAAAGCUAAGCGGAUUACUUGGAUAUUCUCUUCCACGCAGGCGUAACAACAUGAACAUGGAAGCCCUAGCCUCCCACCGUUCCUCGUUUGACUCCACGGCGGCGUCGGCGAUGACCAGUCGCAGAGAAUCCGCAGACAAAGUACUGGGAGCGUCAUCAGACCUAUUUGAAAUGCUGGAAAGACUGCAGAACAGUCGCUUGGACGACCAGAGAUGCGUUCUGCCCUCGUAUUUUACUCAGUCAAGUCGGGAGGACGGGAGUAAAUCUCCGGCUUCAAACAUGACAUCGUCCACGGGGUCGGCAUUAUCAUCUCCUCCUCCGUCUAAGGAGUUGCUGGAGGAGGUACUGAGUCGUCCUGGUCCUUACCCGAUGGUUGUGCUUCCCCGGCGUGGUGGAUACUGGGUCGAAGGAGCUGGGUCCGAAAGUCCCCCCGAAUUUUCCUCCCUCUCAAACAACUGUAAUACAGGAACGAUGCCCAAACCAAAGAUUGAUCAGGAUGAGACAGCCUUGGCCUACCGAAAAUAUUUUCUUGGAAAGGAACACUACAAUUUUUGUGCCAGCGACGAAAAACUCGGCCCGAUUCUUCUAUCCGUCAAAGCGGAAACCGUUGCAGGGCAUGAACAUUGGCGUUUGAUUUUGAGACUCAAAACUGGGACUUCGGCGGAGUUAGUACCCGUGUCAUGUUUGAGUGGCACCAAUUCUCCCUGCCCCGGCCGAAUGGCUAAGUUGCUGAAUGAAGACGUAACAACAGAGAAAUUUAUUCCUAUCGUUUGUCCUCGAGCCUCAGAUCUGAUCGCAUCUUACGAUGAACACGUGCUGGUCAAUACGUACAAAUUUGGAGUUGUCCUACAAAAACCUGGACAGACGACGGAGGAGGAUCUUUUUAGUAACAGAAGUUCGGAGAGUUUGGACCACUUUCUAACGGUCUUGGGCGAGCGGAUCCCACUUACAGGACAUGAAGGAUACCGUGGAGGACUGGACACCCUGCACGGUCAAACGGGAGAGGAGUCAGUUUACCAUGUUUACCAAAACAGAGAGAUCAUGUUCCACGUCUCUCACCUCCUUCCGUUUAUGGAGUCAGAUCCACAGCAGUUGCAGAGGAAACGACAUAUCGGAAAUGAUAUCGUCGCUGUGAUUUUCCAAGAAGAAAAUACCCCUUUUUCACCUGACAUGAUUGCUUCCCAUUUCCUUCACGCUUUCAUCGUUGUUCAAGUUAUUGAACGCAAUGGCCCAAACACGAGAUACAAAGUGAAUGUUACGGCCAGAGAUGACGUCCCUUUUUUCGGGCCCACUGUUCCAAGUCCACCAAUUUUUGACAAUGGUCCCGAACUUCGAGAAUUCCUCCUCACCAAACUCAUCAAUGCUGAAUCCGCUUGUUACAAGGCUGAAAAGUUCUCCAAACUUGAGAUGAGAACGAGGGCUUCCCUUUUAAGUUCGUUGGUGGACGAAGUACGGAGAAAGUCUGUCGAGUUUCUGGGAUCGUGCGGAUCGAUAGACUCCAUGGGGAACGGUACCGGAGUUAGUACUGGAAGUGCUGGAAGUCGAUUUAUGGAAACUGUACGAAAAGCUCUAAGUUCAGCAAAGAACAAUUCUGCGACAAACAAAGGCUUGGGUGACUCUAUGGGGUUCAAUUUAUCCUCCUCCUCUACGUCGUCAACCCCGGCGGCUUCUAGCAUUCUUACCAACGGUCAUGGUCUUCAUCAUUACAAUUCCAUUGGAAACAAGGAUCCAACAACAGCUACGAAUGGUCACUCAACCAGUGGGACAAACAGUAACAACAGUUCUAUGAAAUUGAGACACAGUAUCCACAGUAGUGCUAAUGGAUCCCCUGUUGUCGAUGUAAGCAGCAGUUCGUCGACUCUGCAGAGUUACCGAAAUGGUACUGGAGAAACUACAGUGAUAACCUCCGUGAAUGGAUUGGUCAAGAGACCACCAAGCCCACCAGUUUCUGUCUCCAGUCCGGAUACGCCACCUCACUGUUCCGCAAGCAUCCGAAUUUCCGAAAGUGACGACUCAUCUCUGAAUAGUGAAGAACUUGAAGGAUCUGCUGCAUCACACCAUCACCAUCAUUUUCACAAAGCCAAGUGCAUAAAACCCUUCAAAGGCUCCAACGAAGAUUCUGACACUGGUUUAGAGUCGAUGUCAUCUGCAGGAACACCAAACAAGCGUUCGUGCUCGCUAUGUUUAGAAGACGAAUCAAAUGCCAAAACAAAUGACGGUUUAAAACAUGAAAUUAACAAACUUAAAUGUGACAAACUUGAUCUACUGCGUCAAAACGUGGCGUGCCAGAGAGAUAUAAAAAAGCUGAAGGAAAAAGAACUUCAAAUCCAUGCCGACUUGCAAGCUGCUUCCAAAGAAAUUUCUCGCCUCAGAAAUCUGCUGAAAGAAUACGGAUCAGAAGGGUCCAUCGUUUAAUCGCAUAUAUCGUGUGAAAAUGGGGCUUAUCUGCUUGUCAAGUUAAUCCACGGUUAAUCAAUUCUUUUAUCAGUUCAAUCAAGAACCCAAAGCUAAAUAUUUAGGUAAACUAUAAGAAUGUGUACAUAGAAUAAUAUUUAGAGAUGUGUUUAUUAUUCCUAAGUACAGUACAUAUGUAUUUAAUAAUAAUGCCUCAUUGAUUCUGUUAACUUGUUUAAAUGCGUAUUUAUGGCUCUAGUCAUUGUUAACAGUUAAAAAUCACAAAGUUUGGCUUAUUUCAGUUUAUUAUUAGUGUGGCUUGAUCGAGCGAUAAAAGAGUGGUAAAUGAUCAAGUUUUUUAUGGGUUACCAUUCAUGUUGAAAGAAGCAUGUUAUUUACCAGUAGAUAUCCACAAACGGCACACAUUCUGCAUCAUUUAUACUUUGGUUCAAAUUAGAUAAGUUUGCUUACAGUGUACAAAACAAAUCACACGCAAAUGUAUUUUAAAACUGCACAUACUCUAAGAUUUCGCGAUUUGAUAUGAUGGAUGAGUGAGUUUGUUCUCGUGAAUGAGGAACAUGCAUAAGACUUUAGUUUGGUAUUAAAAUAUUAUUACAAAUUUGACAUUUCACGUUAUGGUUCGUUAAUUCGGGUUUAUCUGUAAAAAUACUCGGCAAAAACUGUUGUCACCCCACUCUCUUCGUUGUAUAUUUCCACUUUGUAUCUUGUGAGACUAUAUAUAGAAGUAUGCCACAUGUCCAUCUUACUGUGUUUACUGGAAAUUAAUUAUGUUAUUCUACUCUGCCUUCAUUUCCAGUCUUCAUAAUAAUAUUUACAUUUGUAUGUCUGCGUACUAUUAUUCUUAUUACAUCACUUUGUCAAAUUGGCAAUUUCACUCAUGUAACUUUUUCUAUCUCUAAUAGAACAACCAACUCUCUGGACUGAUCCUAACCCAAUAGUUUCCAAUUCUUUUUACGUAUUUUAAAUGGUCGCUGGCUACUGCGACACCUUGUACCUCUUCUUCCAGUACAACCUAACUGCCUACACGUAUUUUUUGUACAAGAGAACUUUGUCUAUGAUAGAACAUGAAAGUGAUGAAACUUCUUUGAAAAUUAACUUUAUCAUCCAGUAUCAAACCAUCUAUUAAUACAUAUUCAUUGUUGUUAGUUAUUCAAUCUCUACAUAGGUAUACAAAUAAUCUUUAGAAUAAGAAACCACUAUAAUGUUUUAGUUUAUAAUAGCUGUAGUUGGUUAUUCCUCCUCCUCCUCCAGAUUAUGUCACUUGUGAUGCAGAAUUCGUAGUUUGGAGAAACGAAAUUCCAAAUAAAUUACCAUUUGCUGUUACCAAAUUAUGCUCUCCAAAA